AUGGAAGUUGACAUAAAUGGAGAGUCCAGAACUACCCUAUCCACCCUCCCGGUGCCUCUUGCAGAGGUGGGCGCUGUGAGCAGGAUGGAAGCAGAGAAGCCCCGCUGUUCCAGUACGCCCUGCUCACCAAUGCGACGGACGGUUGCGGGAUAUCAGAUCCUUCACAUGGAUUCUAACUACCUGGUUGGCUUCACGACCGGAGAGGAGCUGCUAAAAUUAGCCCAGAAGUGUACAGGAAGUGAAGAGAAUAAAGGGGAAUCUGGGCCAAACUUGCGCUCCAAACAGCUUGAUUCAGGACUUACACGUUCGUCCCGUGUGUACAAAACCAGAAGUAGGUACUAUCAGCCAUAUGAGAUCCCAGCAGUAAAUGGAAGGAGAAGGAGACGGAUGCCCAGCUCAGGGGAUAAAUGCACUAAGGCUUUACCAUGUGAACCUUACAAGGCACUUCAUGGUCCCCUGCCUCUUUGCCUUUUAAGAGGUAAAAGGGCUCAUUCAAAAUCCCUGGACUACCUCAAUUUAGAUAAAAUGAGCAUUAAGGAACCUGCUGACACAGAAGUGCUACAAUACCAGCUCCAACAUCUUACUCUUAGAGGGGACCGUAUGUUUGCAAGAAAUAACACAUGA